AUGUCGUCUGAUGAAAUUAUUCCAGGAGACGUCGUCGCUGUCCAGCAUGCAUACUCAGGACGCCGUGAGGGCCUAGUCAUCGGCUCCCACGUUGAUUACGCAGGCCGUCAAAUAGUCGAAGUCCAGCUCGACGGCGGUGAGGUGUACCAAGCCUGGUGA